GUAAACAGGGAUCGAGUUGCUUUAUCGUCAGUCAAGCAUCGUAAACUGAAUGGGGACAUCCCAAUGGGACGGAGGGAGUAGUUUCGUAAGUGUGAAUUUAUCAAUUAGACUAUUAGAGAAUCUCUUGAUACGAGACACAUAAAUCAUUCUUGUUCAAAUCUUUUUUAUGGUUGAAUUAAACCGAUCUAACUCUUAACGUAUUUGUAUUUUAUACAUUGAUGCUUAUUGAGGUGGCCUAUUUUCCUGUAAUUAAAAAUUAAUAAUGCAAGGUAUGUAGCUAGUUUAGUGUGUAUUGAUAGUAUAACUUGAAAAAGUUUGAUGUUAGUGUUAAUAUAUAUACAAAUUUUGAAUGGAAGGAUAUGACCCGCGAGAUGAGGAAAUUGUGUCCCAAUUUUGAUAGAGAAGAUGGGCUAGAGACGGUGUUGGAAGUGCCAAUUCCGGAGGAAAUGUUUUCGAGCAUGGGGAAUAAUGUUGCUGUUCGAUGGCAAAACAUGUCGACAUGGAUGAAAGCUCAAACAUUGGAUAAGUGGUCAUCACCAGUUAUUGUUGCCCGUUACAAUGAGAUGAGCUUCCUGCUGUAUACUUUAGGAUCUCCUUUGAUCCCUCUCCAAGUUCAUUUGGACCCUUCUGUUCAACGCCCUAUAAAAAAUUCCCCAAUAGAGGCAUCGACGGCUAAGUACAUAAUCACACAAUACAUUGCAGCAAUAGGAGGACAAGCUAUAAUAAAUAAUGUGCGUAGCAUGUGCAUAAUUGGACACAUAAAGAUUGGGACGUCUGAUUUUCAUCAAGGUGACCAAAAUGUUAAAGCAAGGACAAAUGAGGAGCGAGGUGGGUUUUUGCUUUGGCACAAGAACCCUAACCUAUGGUGCCUUGAGAUGCUCAUAUCUGGAUGUAAAGUUAUAUCUGGAAGUAAUGGUAAAAUUGUUUGGAGGCAAUCCUCUAAUCAACAAAGGCCUAUCAGUAAAGGCUCUCCCAGGCCUCUUCGUAGAUUUUUGCAGGCGCAGUGUGCAUAGGGGAGAAGAUAAUAAAUGGCGAAGAUUGUUUCAUACUUAAACUCGAGACUACGCAAUCUGAUUUAGAGGCACAAAGUGGUCCAAACUUUGAAAUAAUUCAUCAUACCAUAUGGGGAUACUUUAGUCAAAGAUCAGGACUUUUGGUGAAGUUCGAAGACUCGAGACUCCUCACCGUGAAAUCGAGUAGAGAAGAAGAAGGGGUAUUUUGGGAAACAAGCAAUGAGUCCGUGAUUGAAGACUAUAAGUAUGUGGAUGGUGUUAAUAUUGCGCAUGGCGGAAAAACUUUUGUCACUGUUUUCAGAUAUGGUGAACAAUCAGCAAAUCACAAGAGGGAACUACAAGAAACUUGGAAAAUAGAAGAUGUUGACUUUAAUGUUGAUGGCUUAUCUGAUGAGUUCUUCAUGCCUCCUACCGAAUUUAAGAAAGAUUUUUGAGCUGGACAAAAUGUAUAUGUUCCUUGAAGAAUUAGCUAGCACUAACUUUUGUUUUUUGCUUUUUAUGUUGAUAUUGUAAAUUUGUGAGUUUUUUGCACACUUAUUAUUUGUUAUGAUUUUCUAAA